GCUUGCCUGCAACUCCACCAGAGCUCACAUCCUCACUCCCAUCAUCCAUUGACUUGCUCUCUCCUUCAGCCUUCCCACUCUCGACUACUCAGCAGGCAAUUCGACUUCUCGCCCACGAAUUCAACUCGUGAUAUCCACUUGGAUACUUCUAUUCACGAACUCGGUCUCUUCAUAUACCAAGAAAUCUUCCGCCCUUCUCUAGCAUAGCUAUCACCACUACACACAAACCGCCAAGAUGUUUAUGGCAAGAUCUGAAUACGACCGAGGCAUCAACACCUUCUCCCCCGAAGGUCGUCUCUUCCAGGUCGAAUACUCUCUCGAGGCCAUCAAGCUCGGCUCCACGGCCAUCGGCGUAGCCACAUCCGAGGGUGUUAUCCUCGGCGUCGAGAAGCGCGUCACCUCGACCCUCCUCGAGACCUCCUCCGUCGAGAAGAUCGUCGAGAUCGACCGCCACAUCGGCUGCGCCAUGUCAGGUCUCCAGGCCGAUGCCCGCUCCAUGGUCGAGCACGCCCGUGUCGAGAGCCAGUCCCACGCCUUCAACUACAACGAGCCCCUCCGUGUCGAGAGCUGCACCCAGGCCAUCUGCGAUCUUGCUCUGCGCUUCGGUGAGGGUGCUGAUGGUGAGGAGACUAUCAUGAGUCGUCCCUUUGGUGUGGCUCUGCUCAUUGCUGGCUUUGAUGAGGAUGGUCCUCAACUGUUCCACGCUGAGCCCAGUGGUACCUUUUACCGCUACGAUGCCAAGGCUAUUGGCUCUGGUUCCGAAGGCGCUCAGGCUGAGCUACAGAACGAAUACCACAAGUCUUUGACGCUCACAGACGCAGAGACCCUUGUUCUAAAGACAUUGAAGCAGGUCAUGGAGGAGAAGCUUGAUGCCAAGAACGUGCAGUUGGCCAGCGUAACCAAGGAGAAGGGCUUCAGAAUAUACACAGAUGAGGAGAUGGCCACAGUCGUGGAGCGACUGCCAGCCAACUAA